AUGCAGCUGCCCUUGAAAAUGGAGUCGAGCACCGAGGAGGACUGCUGGCUGGAAGAUCAGUGGGAGAAAUGGCUCACCCACGACAUCAGCCUUGAGGAGUUUGAGGAUGAAGACCUCUCCGAGAUCACCGACGAGUGUGGAAUCAGCCUGCACUGCAAGGAGAGCCUGGCCACCCGGGACACUCUGAAUAACAACUCUCUGGGGAAAAAGCACAGUUGGCAGGAGCGGGUGUCCCGGUCAUCGUCCCCUCUGAAAACGGGUGAGCAGACCCCUCCCCACGACCACGUUUGCCUGAGUGAUGAGGUCAAUCACCAAAACAGCACAACCUCCACCAAAGACCGGGGCACGUCCACAGAGAGCCCAUGCCGGCGCACAGCGGCCACCCAGAUGGCACCUGCCUGUGUUGCCUCAUCCCGGCCACCCGAGAAGCACCAGGCCACCAGCCGGCCCCCACCACACGGCGCCAGCGUGGUGGUGGUGACAACGAGAGGCCCCGAGGCCCACCGGGACCGCAUCCGCUACCAGACGGAUGUGAGGCUGGAAGCCACAGAGGAGAUCUACCUGACGCCUGUGCAGAAGAACUCGGACCCCCUGGAGACGGACAAGCCGUUCCUGUCUCAGUCCAGUGAGAACCGCAUGUCCAUCAGCUCUGACAUCGACACCUCUGGCUAUUCGGCCCUGGUGGGGAAAACCAACCCCUCCAUCAGCGAGGAGGACGAGGUGCUGGACUACAUGUCCUCCCCCGACAAGAUGAACCUGCCCAGGGCCUCCUGCGGUGGCGGGAGCGGUGGCUGCCGGCCCGGGCACAGCCUUCAGAGAGCCUCGGUGAGUUCGGACACCAGCGCCCUCUCCUACGACUCGGUCAAGUACACACUGGUGGUGGACGAGAACGUGCAGCUGGAGCUCGUCAGCCUCAAGCAGUGCUACUCAGGCUACAGCGACGAGAGCGACUCGGCCACCGUCUACGACAAUUGUGUCUCCUCGCCCUACGAGUCGGCCAUCGGCGAGGAGUAUGAGGAGGACGCGCUGAAGCGUGACUCGGUCUGCCUCUCCGAGGACUCCACCCCGGAGGCAGACAUCCACUUCUCCAAGAAGUUCCUCAACGUCUUCAUGAGCGGCCGGGCGCGCUCCUCCAGUGCCGAGUCCUUUGGGUUGUUCUCCUGUGUGAUCAAUGGUGAGGAGCAGGAGCAGACCCACCGUGCUGUCUUCAGGUUUGUGCCUCGCCAUGCGGAUGAGCUGGAACUGGAGGUGGACGAUCCUUUGCUGGUGGAGGUGCAGGCAGAAGAUUAUUGGUACGAGGCCUACAACAUGCGGACGGGUGACCGGGGCAUUUUUCCUGCCUACUAUGCUAUCGAAGUCACCAAGGACCCAGACCAUGUAACAGCUCUGGCCAAGAGCAGUGACUGGGUGGACCAGUUUCGGGUGAAGUUCCUUGGCUCGGUGCAGGUUCCCUAUCACAAGGGCAAUGACGUGCUGUGCGCGGCCAUGCAGAAGAUUGCCACCACGCGCCGCCUCACUGUGCACUUUAAUCCACCCUCCAGCUGCGUCCUGGAGAUCAGCGUGCGUGGGGUCAAGAUUGCCGUGAAAGCCGACGACUCCAAGGAGCACAGCAAGGUAAACAAGUGUAGCCAUUUUUUCCAGCUGAAGAACAUUUCCUUUUGUGGGUACCAUCCAAAGAACAACAAAUAUUUUGGGUUCAUCACCAAGCAUCCUGCUGACCACAGAUUUGCCUGUCAUGUCUUCGUCUCGGAGGAGUCCACGAAGCCACUGGCCGAGUCCGUAGGGAGGGCUUUUCAGCAAUUCUACAAGGAGUAUGUGGAGUACACGUGCCCCACGGAGGACAUCUACCUGGAGUAGGGGCUGGCACAGGCACCUCCUGCACAGCCAGGGCUGCCAUCUGCCCCUUCCCCGUGUCGUGCAUGGACAAGAGCUGCUUUGAGCCUGGAGAAGGAGCGGGCCCGGGGCAGGGCUCCCUGGGGCACGGAGCGCCGCCUCUUUUCAUGACUCCCCUUCCUUGGGCUGGGGGGGAUGGGAGGGGGGAGGGCUGGACAAAUUGUGUUUAUUGUACAAAAUAUUCUUAGUUUAUUCUAUUGGAGAAGCACCCGCUGGGUGCCCUGCCUGUGAGCAGCGGAGGGGUGAGCAGCAGCAUGCUCUGGCCCUUUCCUGCUGCAGGCUGGGGUGACAGCGUCUCCUCCUCGUGACCAUGGCCCAGCUUCCCAUCACAUCCCUCUGGGGUGACUUUUAAUGCAGUGGCAGAGUCGGACUGUCGCAGUAUGAAGACGCAGCAGCUACA